AUGUGCAUGAGUGCGGUCCCGCCCACACCCACACAGUUCCACCCAUACCCCACAGUUCUGCCCACACCCCACAGUUCCGCCAACACAUCCACAAUCCCACAUCCUACACCCACACAGUUCCGCCCACAAUCCCACUUUGUUCUCGUCCAUACCCCACCACCACAAUCCCGCCCACACUCCCGCCCACAUGCCACAAUCCCGCCCCCAACCACAAUCCCACCCACACGUAGACCCGCCCACAGCCCUACAUUCCCGCCCAUACUCCCACAGUCCUGCCCACACACCUACAAUCCCUCCCAUUCCCCCCACAGCCCCGCCUAUAACCCCAAUUUCGCCCACAAUCCCGCCCACACAUCCAUAGUCCCGCCCACACCCCCGCAGUCCCGCCCACACCCCUGCAGUCCCGCCCACACAUCCAUAGUCCCGCCCACACCCCCGCAGUCCCGCCCACACCCCCGCAGUCCCGCCCACACAUCCAUAGUCCCGCCCACACCCCCACCGUCCCGCCCACACCCCCACCGUCCCGCCCACACCCCCACAGACCCGCCCGUGACCCAGAACUGCAUCGAAUAA